GAACUGAAGUGGUCUCUGAACUCGUUCGGAUCCAUGUUAUCGCGAGAACUGAGCCGCUGUAUAAAUUCCUCUCAUCGAGCCUGGCAGAAUCUACACUCCUUCUUCUCUGGUGACUGACGGUGUUGUGGGCUCAAAACUGAGGUAUGUACGCCAAAAUCAUUUAUAUUUUUUGUAUAACACAAUUAUACCCUCUUUUAGCGUUUCAUUGUGUUUAAUUGUUGAGUUUAUAUGAGCAUUGAGGUCAUUUUAAAAUGCUUUGAAUUCACGGUUCAACAAGUGGUUAUUUGUUUCUUUUGAAGUCACACACGCCUAUUUUACAUUAGGAUAAAAAAGUUAAGGAAACGCUUUUAAUUUUGUCAACGGAAAAAAUUACAAUAACUGGACCAGGCGCCAACUUACUCCAAACUCAUGCGUGUCAUAAAGUCUCCUCACAUUUCGGUAGUUGGUUUUUACUCAAUAAGUAAAAACACCAAAAGCACAUUUUAUAGCAAGUUUUAUGUUACCUUUGCUAUUAAACUGAAAUAGUGGCGACAACGUUCUCAGAGAAGACUAAGGCAGUCUAAAACGUUCACACUGUUGUGGUAAAUGUAAAUAUGUAUAUGCGGAAACACCUGUGAAUUCUUUAAGAGAAGUGGAAGUGGCUCAUGAGUUUUGGUUUUUGUACUGUACAAAGUGUUUGUGUGCAUAUUUACAUGUGCCACUAUUUAUAUAACUACGGUGUCUUUUAAGACUCUGCUUUAUGUUCAAGUUUUGCUGCAAAGUCAAUGUGACUUGAAGUUGUCUGUUUUUGACCAAGAAGCCGAAAAGAAAAAAAGAUAUACUCACGUUUUACUCGGAUGUGAAAAAAUGUACACACACAAACAAAAACCAACAAACGCCCUACAGUACAAAGGGAUUAUUUUCUUGUUUGCUUUUCAAUAAAAAGCUACAAACUCUUAAUUUUAAGAAGCUAGAGCAAAGUGAUGUUCAAUAUCAUGCUAAAGAAACUAAAUCAGGAGAAAAAUUGCUGCUGAUGCACAAUAACAGGUAUUUCAUGCAUUUAUUGGAAGUGACAAAUGAUGAUUUUAGUGAAGUAAAUCAAUAUAUAGACAUUGGUGAAUGAAUAGAUAAUCCUGCAUUUUUUUUUUCACUUUUUUACAGAAAUAAAGAUAACUUUGCUAACUGCUGUAGCAGAUGUAGCAUAAAUGCACUGUCAUUUCAUAGACAGAACAGUAUUUAAAAUAUAUAUAUAUACAUAAAAGUAUUUCCUGAAAGUUAGUGAGUUGGGCUCAUUCAGGAAUAAUACAUAAGCAUAAAUUACAUAAACUGUUUGUGUCUUUUUAUCUGUUUAGAUAAAAGAAAAUGUCUGCUGGAAAAGCACAGAUUGGAAAGCCAGCCCCGGAUUUUACUGCUAAAGCGGUGAUGCCAGACGGACAAUUCAGUGACCUGAAGCUGUCAGACUACAGAGGUAAACCUCAACCUGUGUCUCAUCCUCUGAUGAGUGGAGGCUUUGAUGACGCUGGACUGUAAUUCACCGCUUUGAGAUCCAACAAAAUACUGAAUGGACGUUCAUUUACACAACUAAAGACUAGAAUUAAUGAACCUGUAAUUACUAUGUAUGCAUGUCACAUGACAGACUCACUCACCUAGUUUUGUCUUUCAUUUGUGCAGGGAAAUAUGUUGUCUUUUUCUUCUAUCCGCUGGACUUCACUUUUGUGUGUCCGACUGAGAUCAUUGCUUACAGUGAUGCUGCCGACGACUUCAGGAAGAUUGGCUGUGAGGUCAUCGCCGUCUCCGUAGACUCCCACUUCUCCCACUUUGCAUGGUAGCUAUGAGGCUUUAUUAAAGCGGCCAGUGAUUGUCUAAAUUCACCUGCAAACUUCUCACAUCUCCUUUUUGCUUUACUUUCUCAAAGGACCAACACACCCCGUAAGCAGGGUGGUCUGGGUUCCAUGAAGAUCCCCCUGGUGUCUGACACACGGCGCACAAUCUCCACUGACUACGGUGUCCUGAAAGAGGAUGAGGGCAUAGCCUACAGGUGGGUGUUUUGAUGUGAUCUGACAAUUAUUUCCUCUAAAUAAAUAUUCCAUUACCUGGUUUUGAGCUAGAAUUAUUCCCUUGACCAAAAAAAAAUCCAGAAAGUUUGUAACAUGAAAUAUUUAAUACAGCAACGAAUAACAAGUGCUCAAGUGUCUUUUGUUCAACACCCAGAUUGUGUUUCAGUAACUAACAGUAACCAGUAGAUGGCAGCACACAAUUUGGGGAAAAAAACAGUCGAUAGGAUAUGUGUAAUUUUUAAUUUGCAGUUAUUGGGUUCCCUUUUUUUUUUUUUUUAUACACAUUUAACUCAUGACAUUUUGAAAUUGCAAACUUUUAAAUUCUUCCGAGGACAAGCUACUCCAAUGUUCUCUAAUAUCAGCUCAACUCCUACCAAAGAGUUAAAAUAGAAAAUACAGCACUGAUGUCGAUUAAAUUGUCACAAAAAAAUUUAACUGUAAACAGUACUCUUUUUUGUCUUUUCUCUAAAAUACUUUUUGCAAGGAGAAGCAACGAUUACUGUUGUGUUGGUAACUUAUAGACUGUGAAGAAACAUAUAUUUUGGAGUGCAAAUACAUCAUAGCAUUUUGUAAAUUUGUAAUAUCGACUUUCAUUCUCUAUGAAACCCAAUUAAUAUUUUAGGUGGUACCUGAGACAUUUGCUAUUUUCAACCACUCUUCAUCGGUGGAGAAAGAGACUAUGGUGUAUUUUUUAAACAACAAAAGACAGAUGUUUCUUUUACACUUUGCACACCUAAAAUGUAAUUUCCUGUCUCAAAAUCUCUUUUGCGCAUGCUAAUCCUCACAAACUCACAAACUGCUCUUUCUGUUCUUUGAAAGGGGUCUGUUCAUCAUUGAUGACAAGGGUAUCUUGAGACAGAUCACCAUCAACGACCUCCCUGUCGGACGCUCUGUUGAGGAGACAAUGCGUCUGGUCCAAGCCUUUCAGUUCACAGAUAAACACGGAGAAGGUAACUUGCUGCUUUAAAUAUUUCACACCUUAAUGAAGAUCCUGUAUUUACUGCAUCUUACAGAUUAGAGCUGCACAAAAAAAUCCCAAUUCGUGUAUUCUAAGCAUCCCUAACACACACAACAAGAAAGUUUUUAUAGGUUAACAAGCAACACAUUCUCACUCAGCAUGAAUACAUCUAACCUGUUGAAUGGAAGUGUGUUAUAAUAGUCAUGCCUUUACACCAUUUUACAUAAAAAACAAACUAAGUUGCUUGCACUCUACUUGUAUAAAUCAGACAAAGCAGGAAAAGGGCUUAUUUUAAGUUCUUAUAAGUGGUGAGUGUCAUAUGAUCUUCCCAUUGAUGGUUGCAGACAUUAAACACUUACACAACCCCAACUUCUUCUCACUCAUUUCCUGCUUAGAGGUGAAAGAGAUUCUGUAUAUGAAAUAUAUCUGUCAUUCUGGCAUAAGUCUUCAUUGUCUCAUCUAUCGGGCCAGGACUCAUUACCGGCUUAUCUUUUCAGUCUGUCCUGCUGGCUGGAAACCUGGAAGUGACACCAUCAAACCUGAUGUCCAGAAGAGCAAAGACUUCUUCUCCAAGCAGUAAUAAACGCAGAGCCAGAGUCUGCAGCCUGCUGUAGAUUUCAUUUAGAUUACGUUACUAGAGAAUAUUUAAAUCAGCGGCUGUGCCUGUGGAGAAGUAGCAAGGAGACAGUUUUUGUAGUAAACAUGUUGUGUUUAUCUCCGUCUAUGUAGUGUAGCAGUACACUUAUGACCAAAGUAUAUAAUUGUAUAGUUAUGUUGCAAUGAUGUAUGCUGUUUACUUUGUAAGACUGAGCUAUAUGCCUGUUUACUCUGUCAUGUCAUUCCUCACAAUAGUGAAGUGAAACAGUCCACACAUGCUUUUUUAUUUGAAUGAAGCACAAUGCCCAUUGUUUGUUCCUCUAUUUUGGGUGGAAAAACAUUUUCUUUCAUAUAAAUAAAGGACACAGUUUGUAGCACUCCUUUAACAAGUUUUUACUUAACAAACUAGUUGAGAUAUUGAGGUAUUUGAUUUUGGAGUAAGCAGUUAAGUAUCCUAAAAGUGUUUUUUUUUUUUUUUUGUUCAAUGUCUUUGUUCAAUGCAUUUUUCAGAAUGAUAAGAGACCAAAUCCCAGUGAUGUAUUUAUUAUAAUUUAUCACAUCACUAACAUUUGAGGGUAUUUACAGAACCUUCAAGACAAUAAUAAACACAUGAAUAAAUGAGCUUUAGUUGCAAAAACA